AUGAUUCGCAGAGGCUCAGUGAUUCUUUCGCGCGCCGGAACGAAAUUUCCCCGGACGGGUUUUACGAAUUGUGGUCGAAUGGCUCAAGUCUCCCUACCGGAGUUCCCUGUGUGGGGACUUGUGCCAAAGAAAGAGACUGGAGCUUCGGCGCUGCUUGAAAGGUUCCCCGAUUUCGAUGGUCGGGGAGUCGUUAUUGCUGUGUUUGAUACCGGGGUAGACCCCGGGGCCCCUGGUCUUCAAGUGACUUCCGACGGAAAGCCAAAAGUCAUUGACCGAAUUGAUUGUUCCGGAUCCGGUGAUGUCGAUACUUCUACUGUGGUUGAAAAAGGGCCCGACGGGGUGAUAGUCGGGCUGUCGGGUCGAAAGCUCAAGAUACCCGAUUCCUGGAAAUGUCCGAGUGGGAAAUUCCAUAUUGGUCUGAAGGAUAUUUCUACUCUCUACCCGAAAAGCGUCGCAGAACGUGUGAUGAAGGAACGGAAAACAAAGGUGUGGGAUUCAGCUCACAAGCUUGCUGUGGCAAAUGCUGUAAAGGAGUUCAAAGAUUUUGAAAAAUCAAAAUCCAGCGAGGAAGUUGACCUGGAAGUCAAGUUCCAAAGCGACGAACUAGAAGCUCGAGUCGAAGUUCUGUCUGCGGCAGAAAGAACCUAUCCGCCGUUUUUGAUUCCUUCGGCCGACUGUGUUGUUUUUCACGAUGGUGAAAGAUGGAGGGCGUGUGUCGAUGCCGAAGGUCAAGGUGAUCUCGAAAAGUGUAAAGUGAUGGGAAUAUAUCGGGAGACCCUCGAAUUUUCCAGCUUCAGCGAUCGUGACGUGCUGAAUUAUUCAUUCAACAUAUACGAUGAAGGGAAUUUAUUGGAGAUCGUCGCCGUCCCGGGAAGCCAUGGAACGCACGUGGCGUCCAUCGCGUCGGCGAACUUUGCGGACGAGCCGGAGAAGAACGGCGUCGCUCCCGGCACCCAAAUCGUAUCGAUCGGCAUUGCCGACAGCCGCCUGGCGACGAUGGAAACUGGCACUUGCCUCAUCCGAGCCAUGAAUUACGUUAUAGCUUCUAGGUUACCCGGUUUUCCCGGUCCACCGAUUGACCUCAUCAACAUGAGUUACGGUGAAUGCACCUCAUUUACGGAUUCAGGGCGCAUCGCUAAGCUCAUGAGCGAAGUGGUCGUGAAAUACGGCGUCAUCUGGGUAAACUCAGCCGGCAACGAAGGUCCGAGUUUGUCGACAGUCGGCGUCCCACCGGACCUUGCGGACGAUUCUUUGAUCGGUAUCGGCGCGUACGUGUUCCCGGAAAUGGUGAUUGCGGAAUAUUCGCUUCGAGAGAAGGUCCCGGAAAUGCCGUUCACGUGGGCUUCUCGUGGGCCGACGAAUAACGGCGCCAGAGGCGUCUCUUUGGUGGCACCUGGAGCCGCAGUGACGAGUGUGCCCAAUUUCACGCUGAAAAAUAAUGCGUUGAUGAACGGAUCGUCGAUGGCGUCGCCGAAUGCAUGCGGGUGUUUCGCGUUGGUGUUGUCCGGCUUGAAGGCGAAGAAACUGCCGUACACACCGUUCAGUGUGCGGAGAAGCAUGGAAGUUACGGCGAAGGCCGUCGACCGGGAUUGUUGCUUUGCUGAGGGGCAUGGACUUAUUCAAGGUAUUCCAAUAUGUAUUAAGAAAACAUCUGAAUUGAUCGCGAAAUUCCCUUGCAAAAGGAUAAUGUAUUUUGAAUUUUUGGAACUUCAGGUUGACAAAGCACUUGAUCACUUGCUGACGUGGUCCAAAGAGCCUGUGGUGAACAUGAACUUCGUCGUGAACGUCGGGACUAACCGUAUGAGUGGCAUCUACAUUCGCGGUAAUUACGGAGAAAGCGCCACAGUUCACGAGCGAAGCGUGGAAGUGGUUCCCAUGCUCUUGAAUGACGAAGAAGCGGAUACCAAGACCAAGAUUGAUUUUGACAAACGACUCGUUUUAUCGAGCUCUGCGUCUUGGCUGAAGCAUAGUUCGCAUCUGAGCGUGUCUUUCGGCGCCAAGACGUUCGUCAUCCGCGUGGACCCGACUGGUCUGAAGCCAGGCGUCCAUUUUGCAGCUGUGAAGGCUUACGACGUGAGCAACCCGGGCCUGGAUUGGCUUUUUGAAGUGCCAGUGACUGUUGUCAAGCCGGAGCCAGUGACGGAACAAGACGGCUGGAUGAAGAGCUACGAGAAGGUCCACUUCGAGCCAGGCGUGAUUAAGCGUCACUUUUUCCUCAUUCCGGACGGAGCCACGUUUUGCGUGUUUCGCAUGAAGGCGCCGGUUGGCGAAAAGUCGGCGAGAUUCAUUCUGCAUUGCGUGCAUUUCAAAAAUGACGAGAGUUAUAGGGGCAUGCACUUAAACCGCGUCAUCAGCAUCUCUCAGGACAGCUCCGAAGCCAAGUUCAUCUUUCAAGUGAGGGAGAAGCUGACUUUGGAGGUGACCGUCGCAAAGUGGUGGGCUAGUUUGGGCAGCGUAUCUGCAGACUACAGCAUCGAAUUCGGAUCAGUGAAGCCGUCGAUCAGCGACUCGACACUGACGAUCCACGGAUCCGACGGAGUGACACGCGUUGAUGUGCGAACUGAGCUGAGCCAGCAGGAAAUAUUGCCGUCCAUAUCGCUCAAGCAGCACGUGGUCGUCUUGCGACCGACUGAGUGGAAACUGGAGCCUCUCGGUGUCAGAGACACCAUUCCCGGCGGAGGACGAAUUUAUGCUGUGAAUUUAUCGUACAAUUUGCACGUGCCAAAGUCCGGGAUUGAGGUUGUGCCGGUUUGCUCGCUGCUGGGAGAUUAUUUGUACGAGAAUGAGGUUGAGAGCCAAUUGUGGAUGUUGUUCGAUUCUAAUAAGAGGCUUGUUGCCUCUGGCGACGCCUUUCCUGCCAAUUACAAGACCAAGUUGGACAAGGGCGACUACGUUAUCAAACUUCAGCUCAUGACUCAGAACCGGGGUUUUGUUUUGAAGGUGCGACAUGAUAAGAAAGAACUGUUGGAGAAAGUGGCAGCGGACCUCAUAAUGACGGUGUCGAUGAAACUGUCGUCUGCCAUCAACUUGGAUGUGUACCCCACGUGGAACGACGCCAUCACAUCGGGCAAGAAAUUCCGGGCGACGACUUGUUCCAAGAAUACGUCUGUGUCUGCGUACAUUUCUCCGUUCCUGCCAGAAAAGCCUGUGAAAUUGAUCCCAGUCGGCCAUAUGUUAACUGGCACAAUCUGCUAUGUACGUGACGAGUGGAUGAAAAAAGCGUGCUCGUACCCGAUCAGAUUUGUCAUUGCCGAGCACCCGAAGAAAAAUAGUAAUGCUGCUGGGAAAGAAGAAGCGGGAAAAGGAAAAAAGAAAGACGACGAAAAAGACGAGAAGAAAACCGACGCAUUUAAAGAAGCUGUUCGAGAGCUGAAAAUCUCUUGGAUUGGAAAGCUAGACGACGAAGAGGCAAGACGCAAAUUAUACCUGGAAGUUUCCAGCUCUGAGGGUGACAACGGAGACGGAGACAAGCUGGACGCCCACGUGGCCUAUUUGCAAAGCUUGUCUUCCAAGGUCGACCUCUGCAAGGAAGAGGUUGAGGUCGACCCGAAGAAAUUGGACCAAAUCGUCGAAGGGCGGCUGGACGAGGCUGGCAAGCGAGAGGCGGCUGAUGCCGUCAUGCAGGCGCUCAAGUUUGCCGACGCGACGGACGCCAAAGUGAUUAGGCUGAUUGUGCGCCACGCGCUGGCCCUAGGCCAUCGGGCCCGGGCAGUCAAAUAUUUGUGGAAAAUCCGGUCCGGGGACGUUACCGGCGUCGAGGGAAUCACGGCGCAGGAGGCAGAGUUGUGGGCUGCCAAGCUGUGCGACGAGCUCGGUUGGCCUCAUGUGUCCCGCUUGGCCAGGGUCUCGAUCCCGACCCGCUUCCCGCCGACUUACGAGCUAUUUUGA